GUCUUGGUCAUUCCAGAUGGCUAUUUAACCCAGCGGAGACAUAACGGUGAUUAAGUGAAUCAACGCAGCAUACUACCGAUAUGUUGGAAUCAGGAUGUCAUUCUUCUAACACAUUUUAAGCAAGCAAGGACCUGGGUAAUAUCAUUGAGUUGAUAUACGGAUCAUCAUGCAGCGCACAGUCCCAUUAGUAUUAUUUUUUAUCCAUAUGUUUAUUAGGUCAUCACUUUCACAUUCAUUUGAUGUACGUAGACCACCAGAUAUCAGUAGUCCAGAAGCUCCAAAAGUUUUUUAUGCAACCACAUACAGAUUCAGUGUGCCAUGUGUGGCUUCAGGGACACCAGUCAUUAAGUAUAGCUGGUUUCAGGUUGGCCGUGACACAGAUAUAACAACAGAUUCCUCUCAGCCAGUUUAUGUUGACAGUUAUACAGGAACUCUUCAAUUAGCUGAUUUCACAGAAAGAGAAGAAGGCACUUUCAUCUGCAAGGCAUCAAAUGAGUUCAAUCAAGGAAAAAUAAAAGCUGUUAGUUUCUCUCCUCCAGUCACAGUGUACCGUUCACGAGCUGAUGACUUUUCUGAUGAGGAAAAAACUUUUACAGCCAAAGCCAAUUCUUAUCAAGUGUUGUUGUGUGAUAAGAAAGGAGAUAUUGUUGGAAGCACGAUUGGUUUUGAUUGGUACAUUGGUAGAGAUACUAAAUAUGUAAAUAAAGAUAAUGACCGCCUUUUCAUUGAUAAUGAGGGCAAUCUUCACUUCACUUAUGUGAAAACGACAGACACAAAUUUAGUAGAAGGCUACAGGUGUGGCGUUUCAAUAGAAGGCCUUCCUUUGUUGCGACUAAGUGCCAACAAGAAAUUUUUAAAAGUAAUUCCUGAACCAGACCCACAGCAAAUAGCCCCCCAACUUAUGUACAGUAACCGUCCAGUAAAAGUUAAAAUCUAUCUCUCUGCCAAGCUGGAGUGCAUGUUUUCUGGAUAUGAUCCACAAAGUCAGAAUCUACCACUCAUCAUGUGGUACUUUGACAAUGGAACUCAGAUUCAGAGUACAGCUAAAUUUGGGUUUGCUCAUGAAAAUCGUGUCUUGACAAUAAACAGAGUUUCAGAAGACGAUGAAAAGAUAUACAAGUGUGAAGCAAGCAAUAGUGCUGGUACAUCAAAAAAAGAAGAGCUGUUUUUAAACGUCACUGGUCCACCAAUAUUUGUUGCUGGCGGCUCACCUAGUGAUAUAAGUGUUCCGGAAGGAAAAGAUGCUGUUUUUAACUGUAAUGCAAAAUCAAUUCAGUCUGAACAGCAACCAGAAGAACCCAUUUGGUAUAUCAAUGGCAUACGUAGAGGUUCACAUACAGAUCCAAACAAAUAUGUGGUAUCUGAUGGCGACAGAAAACUAACAGUAAAAAGUGUGAUGAAAGAUACAGAUAUUCUCUGCGUGCAGUGUUACGUUGAAAACUCUGAAGGCGGGAUCUGGGGGGAUGGAUGUUUAACAGUUAUCUUGCCAAUCAAAGUUAUACAACAGCCAGUGACACCACAAGAAAUUAUGCACGGAGAUGUCAUAGACCUUGCUGUAACUGCAACAACUGACCCUUCAAUGACCCUCAAGCAGAAAUGGGAACACAAUGGUACAGUGUAUGAUAACCUGGAACAGAUACCUUUUGUCAAACAAAGGGCUAUCAACACCCGUGAACUGUCGGAUGACCAGUUCGAAGAAGUUGGGGGGCUAUACAGAGUCACUUUGUAUCAUUUUCAUGACUCAAAAAGUAUAGACAUUGACGUGGUAACAAAGUUUAAACCUGUUGUUACUGCCCCUGAAAUGUAUUGAAGGCCGAGGCAACAUUUGAACAAAUCGACGAAGAGUUCUACAACAUUAUUGACGACACUACGAAGAAGACGC